AUGGCCCUCACCGGCCUUGCCGCUGCCGCUCGGGUCCUUCGUCGGAGCUCUUGGAGUCGCCAUGCGCGUGCACGCUUUGCGCUUCCCCCGGGAGUAGUCCUCCCGAGGAGCAAGGGGCCUCCCGCCGCCACUCGUUGCGAGGGUGCCGAGAGUUGCGCUCAGACCGACGGAUCCGUCGCAUCACCUUUGCUUCUCCGCGCGCUCCAUUCGCUGGUUGAGUCUACUCAGCCCUCCGCCCCUCAUCCCUCCGGCUCCGCCCCUCGUGUCUCGCGUUCCUUCUCACCUAUCGUGCCGUCGCAGCUCGCCGCGGAGCUGUGCACGAGCGCUGCCAGCAGCGUUCCCCUGCCCGUGCAGCACGGCGCGUCCACGAUGCGCGCCGCCGUGAUGCGCGAGGUGGGCGCGCCGCUGCGCGUGGAGCUGCUGCGCAUCCCGCGGCCCCAGGCGGGCGAGGUGCUCAUCAAGACACGCGCGUGCGGAGUGUGCCACACGGACCUGCAUGUGAUGCGCGGCCACGUGGCGUUCCCCGCGCCCUGUGUGCUGGGCCACGAGGUCAGCGGGGAGGUCGUGGACCAUGGCGCCGGCACUGAUGCUGACACCAUCGCCAGGGUGCCGGUGGGAUCACGAGUGGUUGCGGCGUUCAUCAUGCCGUGCGGCUCCUGCUUCUUCUGCACCCAUGGGCAGGAGGACAUAUGUUCCACAUUCUUUGCAUUCAACCGCCUGCACGGCACGCUCUACGACGGCCACACGCGCCUCUUCUCCGCCGACCCCUCCGCGGCCCCCCUGGCGAUGUACAGCAUGGGCGGGCUGGCGGACUACUGUGUGGCGCCUGCCACCGCCGUGGCGCCACUGCCCCCCGCGCUGCCGCUGCCCGAGGCCGCCGUCAUGGGCUGCGCGCUCUUCACCGCCUUCGGAGCGUUGCGCCACGCGGGGGACGUGCGGGCCGGCGAGACCGUGGCGGUGGUGGGGGCGGGCGGCGUGGGCGGCAGCUGUGUGCAGGUGGCGCGCGCCAUGGGGGCGGCGAGCAUCGUAGCGGUGGACGUGGGGGAGGACAAGCUGCAGCGCUGCCGUGCCCUGGGCGCCACCCACACCGUCAACGCCGCCAAAGAGGACGUGGUGGACGCCAUCAGGGCCAUAACGGGGGGCAGGGGGGUGGACGUGGCGGUGGAGGCGUUGGGGCGGGCGGAGACUUUUGGGCAGACGGUGCAUGCAGUGAGGGACGGGGGCAGGGCGGUGAUGGUGGGCAUUGCUGCUGCCGGCACCACCGCUGCCGUCGACAUCACCCGACUCGUGCGCCGCAAUAUCAAGAUCAUAGGGUCGUACGGGGCCAAGGCGCGGUCGGACCUGCCAGCAGUGGUGGCGCUGGCAGCAGCGGGGAGGGUGGACGUGGUGUCCAGUGUCACGGAGCGCUACCGCCUCGAGGAUGCGGAUAGUGCCUACUGCAAGCUGGAAAAGGGCAAUGUGCUAGGCCGGGCUAUUGUAGACAUGACUCUCUGA